GUCGUGUGACGAUAAAGCAGAUGGAACGGAACGGGACAAAGCGAGAUGUAGCGAACAUUGACGUCGAAUUUGCUUCUACACGGCUACUAUGUUUCCUGGAAUGUCCGAGGUGGAGCUCGUGACCGAUUCCCUUUGCCCCUCUGCACUUUUAAACUCAAGGUUACUGCUAUAAACGUGGAAGCUACGCUAUAGGUUACGAGUGUAAUCAGUCGUUCAGCAGCUUUCUUGCAGCCAGGAGGUCAUUGGAUAUUACUGUUUCGUUGGAAUUAAUUAAAACUGUUGUCCGAUAGAGUCGGAGGACCAAGGGAUUAGAUAGAAUUCAAUAAAAUUGAAUGGAACACAAUUAAAUACGAACGACUAGCGUUUCGAUAGGACGUAAAUGAUGGAUUACACACGAUUCGUCACGGAGAUCUCAAACAGACGGAAACCCAGCGUUAUUCGGCAAUGGGCGAAAAAAUUCGCGGAAACCCCGAACGGUAUCAGUUUAGGAAAUGGGAUGCCAAACACCAAAACCUUUCCGUUUGAAGAAAUUUCUGUGAAGAUCAAAGAUGGCGAUGAAAUAAAGCUUGUAGGGGAGGAACUGCGUUGGUCCCUUCAAUAUGGUCCAUCGCAAGGACACUUGCCACUAUUGAAGAAAAUGAGAGAAUAUCAAGAAUAUUGGCACAAACCGAAACAGAAUGAUUGGGACGUGGUUUUCACAUCGGGAUCGAUGGAAGGGUGCACCAAGGUUUUCGAAAUGACUCUGGAAAUCGGUGACCCAGUGAUGGUUCAAGUUCCAUGUUACAAUGGAGUUCUGAAUUCGCUUGCACCACUGAUGCCGGAAUUUCUUGAAAUCGGGCAAGACCAAGAUGGAAUAAUUCCUGACGAGAUCGAGAAAACUUGCAAAGAGAGAUUGCAAAAUGGAAAACCUAUGCCGAAGGUUAUCUAUAUCAAUCCGGUAGCUAAUCCCACGGGAACAGUCCUGGCUGAAUCCCGGCGAAGGAAAGUCUACGAGUUGGCUCAACAGUACGAUUUUCUAAUCGUCGAGGACGAUCCCUAUUGCUUCCUCCAUUUCCUCGAGAAAAGACCUGUAUCGUUUUUGGAAUUGGACACUGACUGUCGUGUGAUUCGGUUGGAUUCCUUCAGCAAAGUUCUUAGCGCUGGACUGCGAUUAGGCGUUGUUACAGCUCACAAGGAAUUCAUUAAAAGAUUGGUCCUGCACAUGGAGACUACGAGUAUACACGCAUCCUCGUUGUCACAGAUGCUAUUAUACAAAUUAUUGAGCACGUGGGACAUGCAGAAACUGCAACAGCAUUUCGAUGGUGUCCGAAAAUUCUAUCUUGAUAGGCGAGACAUUAUGCUGGCAACGGUUCAAAAACAUCUUACGGGGUUAGCAGAAUGGAAUGUUCCCGAGGGUGGAAUGUUUAUUUGGAUAAAAGUACCUGGCAUUAAUGAUGUAAUGGAGUUAGUGGAGAAGAAGUGUGUUUCCCAUGGAAUAUUUCUUAUUCCUGGGCACGCUUUUAAUUGUGAUUUUUCGAAACCUGACCAACAUAUUCGACUCUCUUUCAGUUAUGCAACUCCAGAAGAGAUUGAGAAGGCACUGUCAACUGUGGCGAGGCUAAUACGUGAAGAAAUUAUAAAGCAAAAAUAAAACAGAAACUCUAGUAACAUUACCAAACGUACGAUGAAGAUGAUCAUAUAAAUAAUUAUUUAUUUAACCAUUUACUACCUUGCAGCAGCUAAGAUGGGAACUUCAAGCGCAGCUCAAGAACUUUCUGUUAAAGAAGUCGCGAAUGGAAAAUAGCAGAAAAUUAAAAUAUUUAAAAGUUAUUAUAUUUUAAAAAACGUGAAUUCACAGCAGUGACCGCAAAUGCGUUGAAAGUACUGGUUAAAUUUCAUCAAAUUUCCCACACUGUCUCGUUUCAUAUCUACAUACUUAUAUAAAAUUAUCCGAAUUAAUAACAAGGAAAGUAUUAUUUCCACCCUCGUCCCCCAAGGGGAUUCGCUUAUUGUCACGGAGCGUUCCUCAAGAACAAUGUACACGACUUACACUGUGUAUAACAAAACCCCCUACGAUCUCGAAACCAAACAGUUGUCUUUCGACAAACAAAUAAUAGAACACUUGUUUCCAUCUCCGUAUCUAUAUUUUUACAGAUAUCAAAAUAAAAAAAGAUAUACGUGUUGAGCAUAAAAUGUUGAAACAAUAUCCUCCGUUGAUUUUCAUUUAACGCUUGUAUCAGAGAAACGACCGA